AUGGCCGUGAACGGAGUGAACGGCGUCAACGGGACGCGCUCAAAACACGACGCCUCUGCCCUGAAGGUAAACCAGUCCCGGUUGAUGGAUGCCAUUCACAGCGGCUGCAAAUACGGCGCCGCUCAUCGAUAUGGAGAUCACCCUACUGAGACAGGAAUGGCGAGGCUCAGUCUGAACGAUGCGGACAAGCAGAUUCGGGAAUGGUUCAUUUCGACGGCGCAAUCCUUGAACUGCAAAACGAGUAUUGACCAGAUGGGUAAUCUGUUUGCUAUAAGACCCGGGAAGAAUGCAGAAGCGCCUCCCAUCAUGAUGGGCUCUCAUCUCGACACUCAGCCGACGGGUGGGCGCUAUGAUGGCAUCCUCGGGGUCAAUGCUGGGCUCGAAGUCCUCAAGGUAUUGCAUGAGAACAACGUAGAGACCGAAGGCAGCAUCGGGGUGGUCAACUGGACCAACGAAGAAGGGGCGCGCUUCCCGAUGAUGGCGGUGGCCUCUGGUGUUUGGGCUGAAGCGAUUCCCCUAGAGACAGCAUGGAAUUUGGAAGAGGUCUCGCCGGGAGAAGAUGGCCACAGGCGAACCAUGAAGCAAGAGCUCGAGAGAAUCGGCUACUUAGGUUCGCAACCAGCCUCCUACCGAACCACGCCCAUUGCUUGCCAUUUCGAACUGCACAUCGAACAGGGGCCCAGCCUUGAAACAGAGCGUAGGAAAGUCGGCGUUGUGAAAGGCGUGCAAGCAUUCAAGUGGUUUGAGAUCACGGUCAGAGGCCGUGACACUCACGCAGGCACUACCCCGUUCUAUGCUCGCAUGGACUCGAUGCUCUGCGCCGCCAAACUGAUAGUCGAGGCGAAUGCUAUCGCGAAAAAGUUCGGGGGUCUGGCAACGACGGGAAUAUUGAAUGGCCAGCCAGGCUCGAUAAACACCAUGGCCCACACAGUCACCUUCAGCCUUGAUAUUCGACACGUCGAAGAUGACAAGCUCGCAGAGAUUGAACAAGCGUGUCGAGAAGGGUUCAUGAGGAUCUCGGAGAAAGAAAGCGAAAAAGGCUGCAAGGUAGAGUGGAAAGAGCUGGUCAAUAGUCCAGCGGUGAAAUUCCAUCCCGACUGUAUUGCCGCAGUAGAAGCUAGUACAAAAGAAGUCUGCCAGGAUUUGCCCGUGACGGCGGAGGACGGCGAGAUGUGGAGAUAUAUGAUCAGUGGCGCUGGUCAUGACAGCUGCUAUACUAAUCGUCGUUGCCCGACGAGCAUGAUCUUCACUCCGACCAAAGAUGGGAUCAGUCACAACCCCCAGGAGUAUUGUAGCCCUGAAGAUUGUGCCAUUGGUGCCCAGGUGCUGCUCGGUGCCGUCUUGCGAUACGACAAACUGCGGGCCGAACGGGGAGACUUUUCAUGA